AUGUCAUUCAAGGUUAAUUGGGACUCUCUAGACACUGAUUCAUUUGCACAUUGGACGAAGGAUAUCCUUACAAGUGCGUUGAACUCGGGCAAAUCUCCCAAUAUACUAGCAUCAAACAUUACUAUAAAGGAUUUGAAUUUUGGUAAAGUUGCUCCUGAUUUUGAAAUUUUGGAGAUUGGUGAAUUGGAUAAGGACCGAUUUAGGGGAAUAUUCAAGAUUAAUUAUCACGGUGAUUUUCAUUUAACUUUACAUACACAAGUACAAGCUAAUCCAUUGAAUAUUUAUUAUUCAAAUUCGUUGGAAACUGAAGUGAGAUCAGGCGGGGGUGAACAAUUGUACAAUGAUGAAGAUAAUGCAUUUGUUACUCCCCAAUUUGUCUUGGCUAAUGAACAAUUUGCUAUCCCUUUGGAUUUAAAAUUAUCCGAUAUCAAAAUUAAUGGAAUUGGUAUUAUUGUAUUUUCAAAAUCAAAAGGAUUAACUUUGGUGUUUAGAAAUGAUCCAUUGGAUUCGAUUAAAGUUAGUUCAACUUUUGAUACAGUUCAAGUAUUGGCCAACUUUUUACAGAAACAGAUUGAAUCGCAAAUACGAGAUUUGUUUAGAGAGACUUUGCCUACUUUAAUUCAUCAAUUAUCAUUAAAGUAUCUAAGUCUUGAUAACCAUAUGAAUGAGUUUAAAAAUAAAUUGGCAGCAAAUGCAGGAUCAAGCUCAACCAAUGGUGACCAUGAUGGAAAACAUACGACAACCACAUCUUUGACUUCAACUCCUGCGUCAGCUUAUAAAAUGUUAGAGAAUGAUGAAGAUAUUUCAUUGGUUUAUUCUACAAAGCAUUUACAAAAAACGCUUGAAUUAUUUAAAUCUCGUGAAACAAUGAGUUUUAAGAUGCCCAAAUUUAAACAUAUUAUUCAAAGAACACAUAUGGAUAAAUUUGAUAAAAACUAUCCCAAUUUGCUUAAUUCAUUGUUGGUGAACAAUAGUGAUGUGAGGAAGUAUAUGAACACUGCUGGUCCUCAAGCAUUGGUUUCUUCAGGUAAUAGCAACCACAUUAGUGCAAGCAGUAACAACAGCAAUAAUAAUAAUGGAAUUCCUAUUGAUAUAUUAUUGGAUGAGUCAUUUAAAAAGAAGGAUAAUUUAUUGAAGGAUAUCUCAUCUAUUCAAGCUAAUAACUAUUACAAAUAUGCAAAAGAUGCUACAAUAAAACCAAAGAGAAGAGUAAUUAAAUUGGGAGGAAAGAAAAAGAACCACCACCACAAGAUACCAACUCAAGAUGAAGCCAGCACUUCUCAAGCAUCAUCAUCUGGACCAAUAACCCCAACAUCUAUCAGUUCUAACGCCACUUUAAUUGAUUAUGAUCUUACUGGUACUAAAACACCAGUGGAUAUGUCAAUGGUCAAUGAAUUUAAAACUCCUGAGAAGCAACAAUACAAUGAUUUCAAACUGGAAAAGGACCAGAAGCAGCAACCUCAAACACAUACGCUAACACAACGUCCCAAGUUACAACAAGUUCAAAACUCACCUUAUACAUUGGAGCAUCCAACGCCCAAGAAAUCACACCACCAUCACCAUAGUCAUAUCCAUAGUAGUAACAACCACCCUAACCCAUCGUUCAAUAAUAGUGCUAUUUAUCAAGAAUUUAUCAGAUCCACGCAAUCACCAUCAUUGAUAUACGAUAAAGGGGGAUUUGGCAGUGCUGCAGCUGCUGCUACUAGUAGUAGUGUUGGUGUAGGAAUAGGAAAUACUGGUUAUUUCAAUUUCGCUCCACAAAGAACAAUAAGUACAUCACCAAUAAGAAGAACAAAUAGCAAUCUUGUUGGAAAUGGGGGAAGUGCUAGUGGUUUUGUUGCUGCUGCUGCUGCUGCUGCUGUUGUUGAUCAAGAGUUACCUAGUUUGAAAGAAAAGAAGUCGAUCAACCAUAUUGAUAUAAAUAAGGUUAAUCAAAGAUUGGAAGAGACUUUGAAUUUGAAGCAGGAUCCACAGCAUCAACAACAGCAUCAACAAGGUCGUGAGAGACUGAAUGUGGCUGUCGAUGAGAAAAGAGGUAGAGAUGAUUUGGCAGUUGCUUCCGCUCCUUCUAAUGUUAUACAUCAAGAUGUCUUCAAUACUUAUGGCCAACCUGUUUUCACCACUGCUCCACCACCUUAUCAUCAUUGA